CACUUUCAAAAAUUCCUCUUCUCACCCACAAUCCACAAAUUAUCUGAAGCGACCAAAAACCCUAAUUCUAUCAAUUCGAAACCUUUUUCUUCCUCUUCUCCCCUUCUCUUCUUUCACUCAUCCGAUCUCUCAUCUCUCUCUCUAUCUCUUCAUCUCUCUCUCUAUCUCCCUCUCUCAAUUCAACCAUGAUGGAGCAAGAGAUAUGGGUGAGGGUUACAAGAGCGGCAGCAAAACGCAAAGCUUCGACGGCGAUGGGUAUUGAUGAAGAUCGGCUCAACAAGAAGAGAGUUUUCCUUGGUGAGCUUCUAAACGUCUCCAAUGUCAAUCUCUUAUCUAAUCUCAAUUAGAAGAAAUAAACCUAGAAGCAAAAAAAGAGUCUUAAACAGAUUAAGUCAACUCUGGUGGCUAUUAUUGACCUAGAAUCAAAAUCUAACAUUGAGAAGAGGAAUCCAAAAAAAAUCUGACAAAAAAAAAAAUCCAAAAUUUUUGUUAAAUAUGAGAUUCGAUCUCGAGUUGAUGCGUAAUGUAAA